AUGAAAAACAAGCUUCUUAAGAAACUGCCAUCUGACGGAGAAAGUGCACGCAACUCUUUAGCGCUACCGCGCUUCUCCUUCGAAAGCGACGACAGACCGCUCGUUAGCACUGAACGGCUCUUCCGGCAAUGGCAAGACGACAACAACAAUUGCGACCCGUUGAAUCUCGAGGAAGCUCUAGGACAGCAGCAACGUAUAAUCAUCACAUGGGACGGCCUACACGAUCCAAUGAACCCUCUCAAUUGGUCCCAGAAACGGAAAUGGGUUGUUACUAUACUAGUCUCGCUCUUUACUUUUAUAUCACCGUUCUCGUCGACGAUGGUCACACCCGCUCUGCCUGCGAUCUCAGUUGACUUCGAUAUCCCGGAAGGUUUUAUGCGCCAACUUGUUAUGACCAUAUUUCUACUCGGCUACGCUCAGGGACCAUUCGUGCUGGCGCCGCUAUCCGAAAUCUUUGGUCGAGUGACUGUACUACAAUACGCUAAUCUUAUUUAUCUACUCUUCAACACGCUUUGUGGAUUUGCACAGACGAAGCAGCAAAUGCUAGCCUUCCGGUUCCUCAGCGGUCUUGGUGGAGCAGCACCACAAGCACUUUGCAGUGGCGUCCUAGCUGACACAUGGCACAAAGAGGAACGCGGCAAAGGACAAGCAAUAUACGGUAUGCUGACCUGGAUCGCCCCUUGCGUAGCUCCUAUUUGCGGCGCCUAUAUCUCGACUGGCGCAAAUUGGCGCUGGAUAUUCUUCUCUACAUCCAUCUUUACCGUCUUUGUUCAGGUCACAGCGUUCUUCUUCCUCUCCGAAACAUUCGCGCCUGCCAUCCUCGCGAAAAAAGCGGACAUUGUCCGUAAAGCGAUGAAAGGCAUACGCCCGGAUAUUGUUAUUCGGACAGAGUAUGAUACAGGUGAUCGGUUGAGCAAGAUUCUGAGGAAGAGGUUGAUUUUGCCGUUCAUCAUGAUGUUUACGCAUCCCGCUACACAAGCUCCUUCGAUCUAUCGCGCCUAUUUGUACGGCGUUAUGUACCUCAUGCUGUCGACAUUUCCGCUUGUUUUCGAGGAGGUUUAUAAUAUGGAUACUGGCGUUGCAUCGCUCAAUUAUCUCUCGCUAUGUCUGGGAUUUAUGAUCGGAUUGCAAGUUUCGCAUCCGCUCAUGGACGGUCUCUACGCCCGUAUGAAAACCUACUACGAUCUCGAAGAAGGCCUGCCCGAGUUCCGCGUUCCACCUAUGCUCAUCGCCGGCAUCCUCUGUCCUAUUGGCCUCUUCAUCUAUGGUUGGACUGCGCACUAUGGCGUACACUGGAUCGCUCCAAACAUCGGCUGCGUCAUAGUUGCAAUCGGCCUCAUCAUUGCAUUUCAGUGCAGUCAAGCAUACACAACGGAUGCAUAUGAAGCGAGAUACGCUGCGUCUGCUGCAAGUGUGGGAGCAUUCAUGCGCACCAUGUGUGGAUUCAGCUUCCCACUUUUCGCGCCGCAGAUGUACAAGGUAAUGGGUUUGGGGUGGGGCAAUAGUUUAUUGGCUUUCUUGACGUUGUUCUUGGCCUUGGUGAGUCCUGUCUUGCUCUGGUUCUAUGGGGCGAAGUUAAGGGCGAUGAGUCGAAGGGGGUUGGAGUAGCCUUGUAGUUUUGCCCAGGUGUACCCCGGAUUUAGUGGCUACUGAGCAUUUUUGUAUAAAUUCAUCAUUCAAUAGCGAAGCAUGU